CUCUGUAGACAUCAGUCACCUUAUCUCCUUCUUCCCUGAAUUACUAACUUCAACCUCUCCCCAACAGCAACAAGAACUAAAGACUCUAUAACUAUGGCAGGUGCCACCAAACCUUACCAAAAAACAAAGAUGAACCUCACAACUCUCACCCUCAUCGCCAUGCUCUGCACCGCCUCCUACCUCACCGGAAUAUGGCAAAAUAGCAGCCAUACCUCCUCCACCAUCGAAAAUCCCACCCCCUUCUCCAAACUGAAAUCCACCCAUCUCGACUUCACCGCCCACCACGCCGCCAAAAACUCCGCCGCACUCUCCCGGCCGAAUCAAUACUUCCCACCAUGCUCCGCCAACUUGUCGGAAUACACGCCUUGCGAAGAUGUGCAGCGUUCGCUCAAGUUCGAACGCGACCGUCUCAUUUACAGGGAACGUCAUUGCCCCCAAAAAGGUGAGAUUUUGAAGUGUUUGAUUCCAGCACCGAAGGGAUACAAAACACCAUUUCCAUGGCCGAUGAGUAGAGAACUUGCUUGGUUUGCGAACGUUCCGCAUAAGGAACUUACUGUCGAGAAAGCGGUGCAGAACUGGAUACGUGUCGAGGGAGACAAGUUCCGGUUCCCUGGUGGUGGAACCAUGUUCCCGAAUGGCGCCGAUGCUUAUAUUAAUGAAAUUGAACAGCUUAUUCCGCUUAGCGAUGGGUCUAUUCGGACUGCCAUUGAUACCGGAUGCGGUGUAGCGAGCUGGGGAGCUUUUCUUUUAUCGAGAAAUAUCAUAGCCGCAUCGUUCGCGCCAAGGGAUUCACACGAGGCGCAGGUGCAGUUCGCUCUUGAACGUGGAGUGCCGGCGUUGAUCGGCGUUAUGGCUUCAAAUCGUCUUCCUUACCCCUCCCGAGCCUUCGACAUGGCGCACUGCUCGCGCUGCCUUAUCCCCUGGCAUCAAUAUGACGGGCUUUAUCUGAUAGAAAUCGACAGAAUUCUCCGACCAGGUGGGUACUGGAUUCUAUCUGGUCCGCCGAUCAACAGGAAGAGGCAUUGGAAGGGAUGGCAAAGAACAGAGGAAGAUCUGAACGAAGAGCAGAACGCCAUUGAAUCUGUGGCUCUUAGUCUUUGCUGGGAGAAGAUAGAGGAGAAAAACGACAUCGCUAUCUGGCAAAAGCCCAACAACCAUAUCCUAUGCAAAGUCAAUCGCAAGCUUAUCAAAACUCCACCUUUUUGCUCUUCAUUCAAUCCAGACAUCGCUUGGUACAGAAAGAUGGAACCUUGCAUCACUCCUCUUCCAGAUGUCACCGGAACCAAUGAAAUCGCAGGCGGCAAGCUCAAGAAAUGGCCUGAGAGGCUCACGGCGGUGCCACCGAGGAUUGAAAGCGGCAGCAUUAAUGGCGUUACCGCCGAUAUGUUCCUGCAGGACACUGAGCUAUGGAGAAAGAGGAUCCGUUAUUAUAAAUCGAUAAUUCCGCAGCUUGGACAACAGGGGAGAUAUCGCAACCUGCUCGACAUGAACGCCAAGCUCGGUGGCUUUGCGGCUGCGCUUAUUGAAGAUCCACUCUGGGUGAUGAAUGUAAUUCCGACGGCGGGGAACGCCGACGCUCUAGGGGUCGUUUAUGAGCGGGGAUUGAUCGGAACAUACCAAGACUGGUGCGAGGCAAUGUCAACGUAUCCAAGGACAUACGAUCUCCUCCAUGCUGAUUCUUUGUUUACAAUCUAUGAAGAUAGGUGCGAGAUGGAGAAUAUACUGCUGGAGAUGGAUAGGAUACUGAGGCCUGAGGGAACAGUGAUCAUAAGAGAUGACGUGGACAUUGUGGUUAAGAUAAAGAGCAUUGCAGAUGGGAUGAGAUGGAAGAGUGAGAUAGUGGACCAUGAAGAUGGUCCCUUUCUGAGGGAGAAGCUUCUAUUAGCAGUAAAGACGUACUGGACCGCGGAGGAGCAGAGCCAUGAAGAAUCUUCCUAG